AUGCGCCGAAUCCUGCAGAGCGAUUUUGACCACUCGGCGUCCUCUGUGGCUUUGUUCAGGAAGCAAGAUGGCGACUCCCACGCGCCGUGUCUCCUAGUGGGAGUCGCCAUAUUGAGAGUCCUGUCAGGUCCGUACACGCGGAGGAAUUCGGGAUCAAGACGUGGUUCCUGCAAGGACGUGGCUGUGGAUUUCACCCAGGAGGAGUGGCAGUAUCUGCUUCCCCAGAGGGAUCUAUACAGGGAUGUGAUGCUAGAGAACUAUAUCAACCUCAUCUCAGUGGGUACAAAUGGGUACCUUCAUCGGCAGUCCCUGAUGAAGUUCAGGGUUCAAAGGACCCGAAUCCCAGAAGAAGUCUGGCAUCUUGAUGACCACUUGGAAAGGCAGCAAGAGAACCAAGAAACACUUUUGAAGUCUGUUGCAUUCAUUGACCAGGAAACUGUGAUGGAGAAAAAGGGCAACAAGUGUAAUGCACUUAGAAAUAUAUUUCCUCCGAGCACAGACUUUGUUUCUUCCAAACAAAGAUCCCCAAAAUAUGACUCCUGUGACAGGAGUUUGAAUUAUUUGGGUUCAUUUAAUGGUAACAGAACAUACGCAAGAAAGAAUGAAUGUAGCGAAUGUGGGAAAGCCUUCUUCCAGAAGUCAGACCUCAUUAUGCAUAAGAGAACUCAUACAGGAGAAAAGCCCUUUGCGUGUACGGAGUGUGGGAAGGCGUUCAGCAAGAAAUCCAAUCUUGUUAUCCAUCUGAGGAUCCAUACUCACGAGAGACCUUAUGGGUGUACUGAAUAUAGAAAAGCUUUCGCCCAUAAGUCACACCUCAUCGAACACCAAAGAAUCCACAGUGGGGAGAAACCCUAUGAAUGCCAUAAGUGUGGGAAAGCCUUUUUCCAAAAAUCACGCCUCAACAUUCCUCAGAGAACUCAUACUGGAGAGAAACCCUAUGGGUGUGAUGAAUGUGGGAGAGUCUUCAGCAUGAAGUCACACCUCUUUGUACAUCAGAGAAUACACACAGGAGAGAAAUCUUAUGUGUGUACCAGGUGUGAGAGAGCUUUCAGUGAAGUGUCCUGCCUUAUGAAACAUCAGAAAGUCCAUGGGGAGAAACCUUAUGAAUGUAAUGAGUGUAAAAAAGACUUUUCUGAGAAGUCUGACCUCAGUAUACAUCACAGAACUCACAAAGGAGAAAAUCCCUAUGAGUGCAAUCAAUGUGGGAAAGCCUUCAGACAUAGCUCAGCCUUCUGUUGACAUAAAAGGACUCAUAAAGAAAAAAUUCCUUAA